UAGGCGCUCCCGCUGUGGCGAGUUUAACAGAUGUCACGGCUGAGUCCAGUCGAUUGACCCGGGGCAGAGGUCAGCCCACGGGUUACAUAAUUCACUGCAGGUUUUACAACUUUUCUAAGAGGAGACUGAGCUCAUUUUACGAGAAAAACACACAUAUAUGGACUUGCUAACAAAAUAAUCUGUCUCUGCGCGGGAAAUCUUGACUAGGAUUUGGAACGUUAGCUAGGCUGAGUGGCGCGAGGCGUGGUUCUAAUCCUAACGGCUCCUGGUUACACUGUUGGUUCUGAGCGGCAGAGCACGAACUUAGCACAAGCUCGCCAUGGCGAAGGUGGAAAGGAUCUCGCAGAAGUUCUCCAACCCCCCGAAACCGGCCCAAAUCGCGGACUCGGAGUCCGAGUCGGAUCAGGAGGACGACAGUACUGCCAGCGCCGACGCUGGCUGGAGCCUCGCUGGCCGGGCGCAGGUCAUCCACAGCGGCCACUUCAUGGUCUCUUCCCCGCACAGCGACUCUCUGGCGCGGCGGCGGAGAAGCGGAGCUUCGGCGGAUUACGACUUCGACACCGUGAGCAAACCGGGCUGCCACACGUACAGCUUCGGUCCCUUCAGCUCCAGGAGGCUCAGCAUAGACCCCACACUCACACGGCUGUUCGAGUGCAUGACUCUGGCGUACAGUGGGAAGAUAGUAUCUCCUAAGUGGAAGUCUUUCAAAGGCCUGAGGCUGCUGUGGAGGGAUAAAAUCCGUCUGAAUAAUGGCAUCUGGAGAGCCUGGUUCAUUCAGUAUGUGGAGAAAAGGAAAAAUCCAGUGUGUGGGUUUGUCACUCCGUUGGAGGGGUCAGAGGCAGACGCUCAUCGCAAACCUGAGGCGAUUGUGUUGGAGGGAAGUUACUGGAAGAGACGGAUAGAAGUGGUGAUAAAAGAGUAUCACAAGUGGAGGAUCUACUACAAGAAGAGGAAGCACAAAGAUCUAAUGCCAGUUCUUCAGAAGACCCCUAUCUGCAGGACGGGGCUGGAGAAAUGGUCCAAUCAGAUGUACCCUGAGCCUGAAGUGACCCCAGAGGAGGUGCACAUGUUUGACUUGGAUUGCUUCCUCUCUGAUAUUUCGGACACUCUCUUCACCAUGACCCAGAAGCCGUGCCCAUGGUCAGGAGAUCGCCACAACACCUACACCAGUAAUGCUGAUAUGAUCCAGCCUGGUUUGACCCCUCUUCAGCCCAAUUUGGAUGACUUCAUGGACACUCCAGACAUCUUUGUGAGUUAUCGUGGGCAGUCUCUGGAGCAGAGUUGCUAUGCUGAUUGUGGCUUCUUUGAGAAUUCGUCCAGUGCCCCAUUCUCCUCUAGCCCCUCCACUGUGGGCAGUACGGCUCUGAUGCACACAGGGCCUCAGCUUACACAGCCCACAGCUGAGAGUUUGUCACAACCCUCCACGGCAGUCAGCUUACCAAGCCCUGGUUACUUACAGCAGCCUUUGACCACUGACAUGACCUUCGAUACCAGUGGCAUGAACUUGACCGAGCCCAAGUUCAAGGGUCAUUCGGAGUACGGCCCCCCCAACCAGUUCCCUCACUCUCUCGCCCUCCCUCCCCACAUAGACUCAUAUGGGCAGCAGCAGUCCUUCAGUGGCCCUGGUGUUGCCGUGGCAACCUCACACAUGUCCUCCACCUCCAUGUCACAGGAGAACCCUUACCUGUACCCAGCCAGUUGCCUGAGAUAUAGACACCCAUCAUCCAGCCAUUCAGGUGCCAGCGUUGCUGUCACAUCUACCGUCAUCACCCACACGGGGUCUGCCAUAAACGUCCUGCCACAAGAUCCCCAACAGGGCCAAGGCUACCCCAGCCUGCCCGACAUGCUGACCCAAAGCGCGUGUGUCUCUUUGGGUUACCAGCCGAUGACCGUGGCCCUGCCUCCGGCAGCCAUGCCCUCGCCUGGCAGUGCCCACUGCUUCUCUAUGCCACAGCAGAUGGGCAGAGGGAAACACAAACAAAAGACUGGAAGGGCUAAAGGGUUUCCCACGACAGUAGCUACAUCUGCAACCCCGCCUGCACAAACCAGCUGCCUGGCCAAGCUCCUGUCCUCUGGCUCUCAAGAGCGAAAACCGACGUUGGGUUUUGACGCUCAAUUUGUUGGGUCAAAGGGCCACAGACCAACUUCUCCCAGCUCAGCACAGUCCACCAGCAGCAUGUCAGCAGGUCGUGGAGAGUCACAGGCAUGCCAGCCUCCUACGUGGCCCCCUGCGGAGAUUCUGCCAUUGGCUCCGCUGCAGACGCCAAUACUUCCCCAGACUAGCUCUGCCCAGAGCUCCACCGUCUCCUCUCUCCUCACCCAGAGGCCCCCGCUCCUCAUCCCCAAGACCGAGAAACUCUCGCCCAUUCAAAUCCACACCCCAGAGAGGACUAACAGCCUAACAGUGAGCUUUUCAGGAAACUUCGGCCCAACGUCCCCAACCAAUCCUUCUGAGAAAAGCUUGGAGUCUUCACACACCUUACCUGGAGUAGCUAAGACAGAGCCUAAUAGGACAGAUACACGACGAAUCACGCACAUAUCUGCUGAGCAGAAGAGGAGGUUUAAUAUCAAAUUGGGAUUUGACACCUUACACAGCCUGGUGACAACACUCAGCUCUCAGCCCAGCAUUAAGAUCAGUAAAGCUACCACUCUGCAGAAGACAGCGGAGUACAUCAGUAAGAUGCAGCAGGAGAGAGCGCAGCUCCAUGAGGAGGCGCAGAGACUCCGAGAUGAGAUCUUGGUGCUCAACUCUGCCAUCAAUGUGUGUCAGCAACAGCUCCCUGCUACAGGCGUUCCCAUCACCCGUCAGCGCUUUGACCACAUGAGGGAGAAGUUCAGAGAAUAUGUCCGGGCUCAGACGCUGCAGAACUGGAAGUUCUGGAUUUUCAGUGUGAUUAUGGAGCCUCUGUUUGAGUCCUAUAACAGUAUGGUGUCCACAGCCAGUGUGGAGGACCUGUGCCGUACAACCCUCAGCUGGCUGGACCAGCACUGCUCCCUGCCCGCCCUCAGACCCACCGUUCUGAGUUCACUCCGUCUGCUCAGUACCUCCACGUCCAUCCUGACGGACCCCAGCCUGGUUCCUGAGCAGGCCACUCAAGCGGUCACUCAGGGUCAUCCCUCCCACAGUUACAGCCAGCAGCAUCCUCUCUAAUGACUGAAACUAAUGGCCAAGAAAUAACACUCUCCCUCACAACUACAUCCCGUAAUCAUCCCUAUCAUCAAUACACGAUACAAUCACACACUAAUGCUAAUGUACAUUGCCUCAUCCAUACGAAUAUGAAUACAACCCCCAUGGUGGCUGUGCAGAGUUUUAAAUUGUCACAAAUUCUAAACUACAAAAUGUAUGCUACCUAGCUACAACAUGCCUUGCAACAAUGCUUCUUCAAACAAGUUCUACAUAGAAAUCUUUUUGUAUGUACAUUUUUGGAAGUAAAUUCAGCACAAAGUUAAUCUGACAGGGCCUAAUUUCCCAAAAGCAUCGGAUUGCUUGCUGUACAUAACACUUUACAAUGACCUGUUAUGAUAGCUUUAGGAACUUAGCUUGAAAACAGCAUAAUUUGGCAGUUAUGUAAAGUCAUGAUUGGGGUGAAAAUCAGUUUUACACUUUUCCCACCUUAGCCGAAAUGUACUCAAUCAGCCAAGAUUUGUUUGGUGUCCAUAGUUUGUUUUACUUUUGCACUUCAUAAAAAGGCUAAUAGCUAUAAAACUAAUAUAGCUAACAAAUAAUGAAAGCUUAUAGCCAUGAAUUUAGCAUUGUGCAGUCUGAACUAAAUAAUCACACACUUUGUUUCUUAUGUAGUUUUUUUACGCUGUGUGAGACACUAUAUGCUGUUGUCACUCAGCGUGGCCAGGAACCUCCUGCUGUGACAGGAAAGCAUUUCUUGAUUGAUGUGCAGUUUGGCCAAUCCCAGACGACAGUAUUUGACGAUAAUUGAAGUGGUGCUACAAGAAAAACAGAACUAUGUGCUAUGUGUCAGCAAACGAGGAACUGACAUUCUGAUAGUUGUGCACAUCUUAGCAUACAGAAAAUAUCAGACAGUCUGUGUACCUUUGUGGACGGAGCAUCUAAAGCUGAGACUACACUGUAGGUCCAAAAGGAUCCAGGCAUCCCUUCAUUCUAAGUGCUCCCAUUGCUGGUGCAGGGUUUCAAUGCCGCACACAUAGCUUGUGUAAUCUCCAUAGAAAAGCAUUGCCAAUAGAAUGGUCACCAUGCCCGAUGCCAGACAUGUUCCUGAUAGGUAUAAAGCCCCCCAGCAUUGGACUGCAGCAGUGGAACUGUGUUCUCUGAAUGCUCUCCAUCUAAUACUUUUGGGAUGAAUGAUCCAGAAGUAAUCAUCCACCAUUAAUGAAUGCAAGCAAAUCCUCACAGCAAAUGCUCCAACAUCUAGUGUAAAGCCUUCCCAGUAGAGUAGAAGCUGUUACUGGCUUGCUUAUAAAUGCUCUUGAUUUUGGAAAAAAUGUUGAAUGAGCAGACGUCUACAAGCUUUUGGACGUACUGUGUACUAAUAUCUGCUACUACAGUGUUUAGCUCUGCCACAUACUGCAGUAUGUCAUAGAGUGUCAGAAGCCAGACAAGCAAGUCUAUUUGAGAAGACUUAACAUCCUAACACAGUUUGAGAAAAGUAUGUGAUGAUCUAGACAUCAAGUUUACAUUUUAGUAACUGGUGGCUAGGCUAAUGUUACUUGUCAGCUACAUUAGCGUCGUAGCUCUAGUGCAGUAGUAAAGAAGCAAACUUCACAAAACAUAUCUUGGCUAAUUUACCAUUUGGGAUAAGGGGUUCAUUGUGUAAAUUAGAUUUUUCAGCUGAACCAUUGAUUUUAAAGAAGCUAAUGCUUGACACAGCGCCAAUAUCAAAACCGCUGCUUAUUAUUAACAUUUAGCUUCAGAUUACUUCAUCUUUCCUUUCAGCUAGCAUCUAGUGUACUGAACACAGAGCAGCCUGUCAUGGCCUGAUGUACCUCACUAUUUAACCUGCUGUCUUUUGCCUUCUUCUCAUUUUGCUGUUCUGCAGGAGCGAUACUUUAUCCUUACUCAGAAAGUCAUUUAAGAGAGAUUAAAAGUUCUGUGCCUUCGUAUCAUGUUUGAUUGUUACAAAAAGGUAUGAAAAUGCGCUGUGGCAGUUUUAUUUCAUCGAGCGUUUCAAUUCUCAGGUUAUUACUGUGGUGCAAAAUCGGCUAACCAUGUUUUGAAGAUUACUCCUUUAAAUAAAAACAGUUUGCUUUA